AUGGCUUCUGAAACCGUUUACUUACUUCCUUUGAAGGAUGAUGGCUCUCCAGAUAUUCCGGGUGGCUAUAUCUAUCUUUCUCCGCCCGACAACGCUCCGUACGCUCUCCGCUUCGUUAUCGAGGGAAGCAGUUCGAUCUGUAGGGAUGGAACACUUUGGGUGAACAUCCCUGAGACCGGGAAAUCGUUUGAUCGCUCUUCUUUUCGGGGCUUUAAGCUAUCACCGGACUUCAGCAAGAACAUCCAGAUCGAUGUCCCGAUUACAUGUCCUGGGUCCUUUGCAUUCUACGUGACAUAUUCACCUCUUCCAGAUUUCUCCCUUUCUUCUAAUUCCAAUUUGGAGUCGACAAGGACACCCAAACACUACAUCGAUGUGUCUCCAAGGCUCAGUCUCGGCCACCGAAACAUACCUCUCAAUGCACUUUCAAUAUUCUCGGUAAAUUCUAAAUUCAUGGGUAAAUACCCAGAAGAUUGGAAUCGGUGCCUCAGCAGUAUUUCCCGUCGCAAAUAUAAUAUGAUUCACUUUACGCCAUUAAUGAAACGAGGGGAUUCGAAUUCGCCGUACAGUAUUUUUGACCAGCUGCAAUUCGACGAUGUCUCGUUUCCUAACGGAGAAAACGAUGUCUUCCAGCUUGUUAGAAAUAUGGAAGAAGAAUAUUCGCUUUUAUCAUUGACCGACGUUGUAUGGAACCAUACUGCUAAUAAUAGCAAAUGGCUCGAGGAACACCCAGAGGCCGGUUACAGCGUUGACACUGCCCCUUGGCUUGAGGCAGCACUGGAUCUGGAUACUGCACUGCUAAAAUUCGGCAAAGAACUUGGACAAUAUGGCCUGCCGACCGAAUUCAAAACUGUUGAUGAUCUUACAAAGGUAAUGAAUGGGGUGAAAGACCAUGUUAUUAAGGACCUUCGUUUGUGGGAAUUCUACAUCGUUAAUGUAAAAUAUAACACACAACAAAUUCUCGACACAUGGAAAUCAUCCAAAGAUAUAAAUCUGACGAACGGAAGAUGGGCACAGCUUGGAUUAGAAAACUACAAGACCUUGACGUUGGAACAGCAAACAACCCUCAUCCGCGAACAAGGAAUUCCAAACUACAAACAAAUCCGUGGCAGAUAUGAACGCAACAUUGAUGUCGAACUUGGUGCCGCCAUCGCUACUGCGGUCUUCGGGGCGUUUGAUCCUAGAUCAUCCGAUCUAGCUUCGGCUGAAAAUACCAUAAGCAACCUCGUUGACGUGGUUAACGUUGCAUUCUACGAAGAAUAUAAUUCCGAUCUGUCCGAAAUCAUGAAUCAGCUUUUUAAUCGGAUCAAAUACCUCAGGAUCGAUGACCAUGGUCCUAGGCUCGGGCCUGUGACCGAUGACAGUCCGUUCAUUGAAUCGUACUUUACGAGACUACCACUCAAUGAGGUCACCAAGAAACACAGUUCAAAGGCGUUGGCCCUCGCAAACAACGGCUGGAUAUGGAAUGCUGACGCUAUGCGUGACAAUGCAGGUCCUGAUUCCAGAGCAUACCUCCGGCGCGAGGUAAUUGUAUGGGGUGACUGUGUAAAGCUAAGAUAUGGAAAUGGCCCCGAGGAUAGUCCAUUCUUGUGGGAGUUUAUGACCAAAUAUACCCGGUUGAUGGCGAAGUACUUUUCCGGGUUCCGGAUUGAUAAUUGCCAUUCAACCCCUUUGGUAGUAGCAGAGCAUCUGAUUGACGAGGCGCGGAGGGUCCGCCCCAACCUAGCUAUCUUUGCCGAACUAUUCACCGGCUCAGAAGAGGCCGACUAUAUAUUUGUUAAGCGCCUUGGAAUAAAUGCCCUUAUUCGAGAGGCUAUGCAAGCUUGGAGCACAGGAGAGUUAAGUCGGCUGGUACAUCGUCAUGGCGGCCGUCCAAUCGGUAGCUUCGAGCUGGAUCUACCCUCGCCUGGACUUAACUUUUCCGUCGCAGAAGGGUCCAGCAAGAAGGUGGUUGUCCGUCAUAUUCGACCGAAACCUGUUCCAGCACUGUUCAUGGACUGUACUCACGACAACGAAAUGCCAGCUCAGAAACGAACCGCAAAAGAUACAUUGCCAAAUGCCGCACUUGUUGCAAUGUGCGCCUCUGCUAUUGGAAGUGUCUUGGGGUACGAUGAGAUUUACCCGAAAAUAGUUGAUCUUGUACAUGAGACACGACAAUAUGCAUUUGAGGACCUUCCAGAGUCCCCCAGUCUUGAUGAGUUGGCAAAUAUCCCGGGAAUCUGCGGCCUCAAGCGUCUUCUGAACGAACUUCACACCAAGAUGGGAGUGGAUGGGUACGACGAGACGCAUAUUCAUCAUGAUGGCGAAUAUAUUACUGUUCACAGAGUUCACCCACAGAGCCGGAAAGGUGUGUUUUUAAUAGCUCACACAGCAUUUCCGGGAAAGGACAACAAAGACAUUCUCGCUCCUACGCACCUCGUUGCUACCCGGGUAAAACAUAUUGGAACGUGGCUGCUCACGGUGGACGAAGGGGACGAAGCCAAAAGCCGAGUUCUGGAAGACCCAGAUUACCUUAGCGGGCUGCCUAGUCAAGUGCAACAAAUCAAUGGCACCAAAGUUGAGGAGAACGAUAAUGAAACCGUUAUCUCGGUUCUGGACACGCUUGUUCCAGGAUCUAUCGCUCUCUUCGAGACUUCUCUUCCCGUUGUUGAGGAUACAGACGGGCUUGAUAACAAGAGCAUUACGCAAGGCGCAGAUGAAGCAUUCUCUCAGCUUAACUUAGUCGAUCUCAAUUAUGUCCUCUAUCGAUGUGAAGCCGAAGAGAGAGACUCAAGCGGCGGCCAGGAGGGUGUUUAUGAUAUUCCUAGCUCCGGCCCACUGGUCUAUGCUGGUCUCCAGGGCUGGUGGAGUAUCCUCGAGGAUAUCAUUAAGUACAAUAAUCUGGGGCAUCCUAUGUGUGAUCAUCUUAGGCAAGGACAGUGGGCCCUUGACUAUAUCGUUGGGCGUUUAGCAAAGGCAGGUGAGAAACAAGAUUAUACUGCUCUGAAAGGUCCAGCUGAGUGGUUGGAAAAGAAGUUCACUGCUGUUCGCAGUUUACCUAAUUUCCUCCUCCCACGUUACUUUGCCAUCAUUGUACAAACGGCUUAUGUUUCUGCCUGGAAUCGAGGUAUCCAGCUGCUGGGAAGCAACGUCCGCAAGGGGCAGGUGUUUAUUCAACAGCUCGCCAUGGUGAGCGUGCAACAAACGGGAUUCGCCAACUCAGCGUCUCUAUGGCCCACAAAGCGAGUUCCAACUCUGGCAGCCGGUUUACCACACUUUGCAACGGACUGGGCAAGAUGCUGGGGUCGGGAUGUUUUCAUCUCGCUGAGAGGGCUGUUUCUCUGUACUGAAAGAUUUGACGAUGCUAAGGAGCAUAUCCUUGCAUUUUCCAGUGUCCUUAAGCAUGGCAUGAUUCCCAACCUCCUCAGCAGCGGCAAGCUUCCUCGGUAUAACUCUCGUGAUUCCAUUUGGUUUUUGCUCCAGGCAAUCCAAGACUACACCAAAAUGGCACCUAACGGUCGUGAGCUUCUCAGGGAGAAAGUUCCAAGAAGAUUCCUUCCCUAUGAUGACACAUGGUUUCCAUUUGAUGAUCCAAGAGCAUACUCGCAAAGCUCAACGGUGAUAGAGGUGAUUCAAGAAGUUUUUCAACGUCAUGCACAUGGUCUGUCUUUCAGAGAGUAUAAUGCAGGCCCAGAGCUCGAUAUGCAAAUGAAGCCACAAGGGUUCCAAAUCGACAUCAAAGUUGACUGGAAAACUGGGUUGAUAUUUGGUGGUAGCCAAUUCAAUUGUGGAACUUGGCAAGACAAGAUGGGAGAAAGCGAGAAAGCUGGAAAUAAAGGCUUCCCUGGAACCCCACGGGAUGGGGCAGCUAUCGAGAUCACCGGUCUGGUCUAUAGUGCAUUAACAUGGGUUUCUGGUCUCUUCGAAGAAGGUAUUUAUCCACACGACAGAGUGGAAAUUGGGGACGGGAAGUCAAUUACUUUCAAGGAUUGGGCUGCAAAGAUCAAGGAGAACUUUGAGCGGUGUUAUUACAUUCCAACGGAUCCCACUGAAGAUGGGCAGCAUGAUAUCAACCCCAAAAUCGUCAAUCGUCGGGGAAUUUAUAAAGAUUUGUAUAAAUCCGGCAAACCGUACGAAGAUUAUCAGCUUCGCUCCAACUUCCCCAUUGCCAUGGUUGUCUCUCCGGAUCUCUUCACUCCGUCCAAGGCGCUGGGUGCGCUUGCGCUUGCAGACUCUGUCACCGUUGGGCCUGUUGGGAUGGCCACACUUGAUCCGUCCGAUCUAAAUUACCGUCCCAACUACUACAACUCGGACGACUCGACCGACUUUGCAACAUCCAAGGGUCGGAAUUAUCACCAGGGUCCGGAGUGGGUUUGGCAGCGAGGUUAUUUCCUUCGUGCGAUGCUGUACUUCGAUCUUGCUCGAAGAAAGACCGCAGAACAGCAAACAGAGGCAUUCCAACAGGUUACUCGAAGACUGGAAGGUUGCAAAGAGGCUCUCAGAGAAAGUCCUUGGAAGGGUCUUACAGAGCUGACGAACAAGAAUGGCGCUUUCUGCUCAGACUCGUCCCCUACACAGUCUUGGUCAGCCGGCUGUUUGCUUGAUCUCUAUUAUGAUGCAUCACGAUACACUCGCUAA